ACAAUUGUAAAACUUGUCAUAGUGCACUGCGAGAUUGUUAAAAUAUUUGAAAAAACAUCAUUUUUAAUUUUCUUUAUAAAUGUCUACCUGUAAAUGUGGAUUUAAAAACGGUGUUCUCGUUUUUUAUAACUUAAACGGACAACAAUGGUGAAUAUUAUCAAUUGUAAUGUAUAUUUCGUAACCAUGAUAGCAGUUACAUAUUCAUUUACCCUGAAAGAUUUUGACCUUCCUGGGAUAUUUUCAACAAAAAUCUGCUCUAACGAUGUCCUUAGACAAAAGUUAGAUCCUCUUUGCCAGUGUAAGGACCAAACGGAGAUAAAGGACAUACAUUCUUUGUGCAGGUUACAUAUGAAGCUCGGACUUUGUAUAGAAUCUAAACUACAGGACGGUCAGUAUGAUGGACAAUAUAUGAAGCAUGUGUUUAGCAACAAAAUUUUCAAACAAAGUAUGAGUCAUCUGUGUCGUAAACAGCCAGAUGCAUCUGGAAUUGUUCAAUGUACAAAACCAGACAUCCCAAGGCAUUGUAACACGAACUUUGAAAACCAUCUACUCAACAACAACACUUUAAACGAAUCAACGACCUGCAGAAUAACGGAAAACACUCUAAGCGUAUGCUAUUGGAGGAUUUAUGAGAACACGUGUUCGCCGACAGUUCGAUAUUUCUGGUCAAAACUUUCGGUGGCUUUUAUGGCAACGAGGUGCUCAAAAUAUGGUAAAUCUAAGACAGACAAAUGCAAAGAGAUUCGAAAGGCUUUCCAUCCCAAUCCAAAGCAGCAAUCAAAGGAGGAAUGUCAUAAAUCAGUGAUGACAAUGAGGCAGUGCUUUCAACUCGAGAGACUAGCCUCUUUACACGAUGAAGAUAUUUUGUCGAAUAUGGAAUUUGAGCUUGACAGAUUUAUGCGGUUUGAAAGAUUUAGAUGCGACAUUAAAAAAGAAAAAGAUAGAAAUCAUCACUGUGAACAUCCACACAGAAAGAAACUCGAGCAUUGUAUAAAUGAUAUCUAUGGAAAUGCCAUCAAUAAUCAAACAGAGCUACUGCGUCAGGGAGGAAAUGUAUCCGUCAAUGAUAUCUGCAGCGUUUACGACGCCGCAACACGGUGUAUCGAGGACGUGCUAAGGCAUUGUUUGGUAAAUGCAGUCCAUCUCAAUGCUAUAUUUUGCGGUUCGAUGCCUACGUCCUGCCACUGCCCAGUGAAUCUUGAAGCAGAGAUCCUCGCAAGAUCAUCCAGAUCUCAUGCACAAAUGCCAACGAUUUGGUUAUUCCUUUUGUGCUUUUCUGCUUUACAUGCAAACUUACAGUUAUUUCAAUGUUAAAGCUUACAAAUAGACGCAAUGCCUUCAAUGGCUGCCUGUGUCAUAUCAUGUUUCUAAGCGUUCUUCAAAUAUUGCAGAAAUAUGUGUGUAUGACCAAAUGAAUAGUUUUCUGAUUGUUUUUAACAAGUUAUUUUUAAAGUCUGUGCAUAAGUAUUUUGUGUAAUACACCCUAGGACUUUAAAAACGCUUUAUCUGUAUAAUGCAGUUAUUUAAUUUAGGCGUCACGUACAUAAAAAACGCGCGUAGAGCAUUCAUUAUUUAAUAUUAUCGCCUCAAACUGUCAGCAUUGCUAGAGAAUAAAUAUUAAAAAUGGGACCUACACAAGAAAAUUUAAGGGAAACAACUCUGAAUUGACCAACAUAAAACAUUGGUCAAAAGUGAAAGAAAAAUCAAAAAGGUUCUUUUCCCAACAACUGAUCAGGCAGACAAAAUAUGACCUACAUUUGUUUAAAGAAGCGCCACAAAAUAACUGUAUUCUUUUGUAUUUCCAUGACGGUAAUUAUACAUGCUUUGCAUGAAGAAAAUGUGAAAUAACAAGUAUCUAGUUACAAAUUGACAGUGGCAUAUAUAACGCCAAAAACAAUGUGUUUAAUGUCUAAAUAUAUUAUUAAAUUAAUGUAGUAUUAUGCACAGUAGUUGGUUUAUUAAGGUGAGUUUAGAACACACUUUGUUUCUACAGUGUAAGAUAGUUAUUAUUCUAUGUUUAUAAAACUAUACUGAAAAGAGAAUUACUGAAUAAGAUUGCAGAUGAAGUUGUGAAAACACAUUAAUUCAGGGAGGGCCUAAAUCAAUCUGACUAAAGUACUUGAUCUUCUAAACGAAGAUCUGAGGAUGAUCCAUUCACAUUCGUCUUCUGUAUAUUUUGGAUUUCCAAUAUUACUACUUUUAUUUUCGCAAAUCUAUUUUUAUCAAUCAGACGACUUGUUCGAAUGUCAAAGAGUAAGAAAAAUGUGCAGUCAGUUCAGGGCUCGAACCCAGGAGCCCUCGCUUACUAAGCAAGUGCCCUACCGACUGAGCUAACCGGAUAUUUACGACAUAAGAAUUGUUAUUAUCAAAAACCAAGGCUAAAUAUAGGCCUGCAAAAUGUUGUAAGUAAGCCUUUGAUUGGCUAGCGGAAGGGUCGUCAGAACGGGGCUAUCAAUAGCUUGUCUUCAGAUCCUAAGCGUAGCGUAAUAGGAGAUGUACUUUAGUCAGAUUGGGCCUAAAUUGUCCACCUGUCAUCUUGUAGAAUAGCUGUAUUAUACCAGUAUUAUCAGAAUGAUAUUAUCAGAAUGAUUUGCACGAAGUUAAUGUUGGAGGAAAAAGUAGGUCACUAGGUCGUAGUGGGUCUUUAAAUCUCUUUGUAUUCAAUAUACAACAUGCACACUUUUCUUAUGACUUACACUGACAGUUAUUUUAUAAGUUGUAGUGAGGCCCUGAUAGAAAGUUUAGAAGUGCAUGAAAAAAAGUAAAAUAAUGCAUAAAUUCCUUUAAAGAAAUUUUACGACAUUAACGUUAUUAAGUUUUUAUCUUUUAGCCCAAGUUAUUUAUUGCUUUCAAUGAUGAUGCAUUGGUUUACACAAAAUUUAUAUAUUAAAAUGUAUAUAUCGAACAAUGAGAAAUUACAAAAUAAGUUAAAUUGGUAUUUCGUUUGUGUAAUUACGUAGCUAGACUAGUAAGAAUGAUAUUGUUUGUAAUUGUUACGGGUUUGACUUUUCUAACUUAAUUCUGCAAUCGCAUGAAUUAAUUUCCUUUUAUUCUGAACAUUUAGAUUACAUUUGUUUUACAGCAAAUCUAAAGUUUGUUAAAACUACACAUUAAUUCUUAGAGCAAUCUAAUGUAUCUUUAAGAUGAGAGAGAGAGUUGUAUUUAUGAUUUGAGCAAAACAUUAAUUCUUUAUAAAUAUGUUAAUAUGCUAAUAUGCUAAUUUUAUACCAGUUUAAUUAUUAUUAAAAGUGUACGUAAAUUAUUUUAACUAGGUCAGCAACUCUGACCCUACGUCUAGUACGCUUGUUAGUCACAAAUCGGGUUCCCGGCAGCUAUUUUCUCAAGGGCGGUUCCCAAGUGGAUCCCUGUUUACAUCUCUCUAAAGGGUGCAGACAUUCAUAUUUUUAUUCUGUCAUGACCCUGUAGUGAGAUUUUAUAAUUCGGGUUGCGGGCGGCUUCUUCCGUCACAGCCUUUGGGUUCCCUGCUGGCUCUCCAUAAUCAGGAUUAUUGACUUACAUUACUAGCUUAUUAUACUUGUUGUCACAAUUUAUUUUAUGAUGAUAUUCUCGUAUUAUAACUUGGCUGUUCACUAUUGUUAAGGACUUUGUAAAUAAAUUUGAAAACCGUUA